CUUAGAGAAAUUUCAACAGUGUUGUACACAAAAUGAUGACGCUUGUGAAAAAAGAUUAUGAAGCAGUGCAAAUAUCACAAUUGCAGAAAGCUGCUUUACAAGAGCGCUGCAUACUUGUAGAUAAAUUAGAUAGAGUUAUUGGUGAAGCUACCAAGCAAGUUUGUCACGAAAUUGAUACAAAUGGAUGUUUACCACUCCAUAGGGCAUUCAGCGUCUUUCUGUUUAAUAGUAAAAAGGAAUUAUUACUCCAGAAGCGAUCAAGCGUUAAGAUAACAUUUCCAAAUUAUUACACAAAUACGUGCUGCAGUCAUCCUUUAGCGGAGAUUCCUAACGAAAUAGAAGAAGAAGAUGCUAUAGGCGUACGCCGAGCCGCGAUAAGAAGGCUCGGUUACGAGCUGGGCAUACCUAGCAACGAAAUCAAACCUUCUGACCUAUUUUAUCUGACAAGAAUUACCUAUGAAUUUCCCAGUAAUGAUCGCUGGGGUGAACACGAGAUCGAUUACAUAUUAUUUCUGCAAGGGGAUAAUAUCACCAUAAAUCCCAAUCCUGAUGAAGUGAGCGAGAUUCAAUGGGUGCCGCGAUCGGAGAUAGAAAAUUUUAUAAAAACUGCACCACUGACUACACCGUGGUUACGUAUGAUUUACAAUUUUAAACUGCUGCAUUGGUGGGACAAUCUACAUGCCUUAGCUGAAAUGCAAGAUCACCAAAAUAUAAAUGAGUUAACUGAGUAAUCAAUAUAAAUCAGAAAAGGCGAUUUAAAUUCUUUGUGCAACAUUUAUUUUUUUCUCCAACAUAAAGAGAGACAGAGGACAAUUGAGAAAAACCAUGCAAGAAGUUUAGUUAAAACGAACAAGCUUCUUAUUA